AUGCCAUGGAACGCGAAGGAGCAGCUUGGUGAUGAUCAUGAUGGGUUCUUCGAUUGUCCACCGCCCAAGGAUGAAGAGGCGCGUUUGGAGGAGUUCUUUCGGUACAAGGAUUUGACGUCUUCGGACACGGCCAAGGAACUUGGAUUGGACAAGUUUAGUCGGUUGGCGAGAAUCUUGUUGGACUGCGAUUUCGCGUUCAUUCAAUUCAUGGACGAGAAGUAUCAGGUAACAGCGUCAGAGGCAAGCCCGGAAGCACAAGGAUGGAUCCCCCGAAUGAAUAUCACGCCAAGAGCAGUCAGUAUCUGCUCUCACACCCUGCUCAGAAAAGAACGCGACAAGUUAUUCGUUAUCCCGGACCUCAGCAAAGAUUGGCGAUUCAAGAACCGGAGCUGGGUAACGGGUGCACCACAUGCGCGAUUCUACUGUGGAGCGCCAUUGUUCAGUCAUAGCGGCCACGCACUCGGUGUCAUCUGUGUUUUCGACUCAAAGGCUCGCCAGUUGUCGACAGAUCGUGAACAAGCUUUCCUCGACCUCGCCACCAUGGUCAUGCACGAACUCGAACUCAAGCGUGAGCAGGCUCUCCUUGAGACAAAGACGAAGAUGCAAAAAUCCAUUUCGAGAUUCGCGCGUGAAUUCUUGAGCAACGAUAUCGAUAGCACUAUGACGGAGCAAGGGGAUUUGUUGGGGAUUUAUCGGUCGGCGUGUGUGUUGAUGAGGGAGACGUUGGAGUUUACGGGUGUCGUGUUUGUGGAUGUGGAGGGGGCGAGUGAUGAGGCUGCGAAGCCGUUGCCGGAUGGGAGUGAGAGGAAGUGGCCGAUUCUUGCGACGUGUCGGGUUGGGGAGACGGAGCAUGGUCAUGAUCCGAACGGGCCACCUCUGAUGUUGUCUGACGCCUUUGUUAGCAACUUCCUGAAGGAACACCCGCAGGGACAUAUCUACGGGAAGAAGAAGCUUCCGGAGGAGUUGGCUGCUAUGCUACCGCCGACAACUGAGGAGCUUGUGAUGGUGCCUAUUAGAGACUUUGCGAGGAAUCCGUAUGCGAUUAUCGUGGCUUUUGCAGAAUCGAAGAAGGCUUCUGAUGCGACUACAAUCAAGUAUAUCGAGUCGUUCGGUGACUCGCUUAUGUCUGAGAUUGGAAAGAGGAAGAUUCUUAUUGCUGACCACGCCAAGGCCAGUUUCAUUUCCAAUGUCAGUCACGAAUUGCGGAGUCCGUUGCACGGCAUCCUCGCAGCCGUCGAGUUCAUCCAAGAUACGGAGUUGGACCCACUUCAAACGAGUUUCGUGGCGACCAUCGAGAGUUGUGGAAGGACAUUGAUCGACGUGAUCAACUCUGUGCUCGACUUCUCGAAGCUGUCACAUCUGACGAAGGGAAAUCUGGUGGUUCUCGAGUCAUCACCAACACCGGCAAUGCAGACAUUCCAGAAUACCGAGGUCGACCUUGCUGUGCUUACUGAGGAGGUAGUGGAAAGUUGUUACGCUGGGCACGAGUUCAAGGCGGUAACGGAUCAUGUUGCGAUUGGGCAGGAAUCAGUAUCUAAAGCGAUCUGCAUCGUUGUCGAUGUUGAUAAACGCGAUCAGGGAUGGUUCUAUCAUACCGAUCAGGGUGCAUUCCGCCGGAUCGUGAUGAACCUCGUUGGUAAUGCAAUCAAGUAUACCAAGGAGGGACAUGUGCAUGUCAAGCUUUCGUACAGCAAUACCGGAAUCAUCUUCCGAGUAACUGACACAGGUGUCGGCAUUGGAGAGGAUUUCAUGAGGAACAGCCUAUUUGCGCCGUUUUCGCAGGAGAAUAUACUCAAUGUCGGAACAGGGUUGGGGUUGUCGAUUGUCAAGCAGAUUGUGGAGUUGCAGAAUGGGACAAUUUCGGUGAAGAGUCCAAUUGGAAAGGGACCAGGCGGAACGCAGUUCACUGUUGUUUUGCCGCUUACCCCAGCAGAUCCCUCGAAAAUUGACCUCUCGCUUGUGUGUGCGACACGCGAGAAGGCUCGGGGGCUUAAGGUUGCGUUUACAGAGUUCGACGUGGCGUCUUCCACCAAGCUUCUCAAGCAGUCCUUGACGGGCUAUUGUGAGAGGUGGUACGGCAUGGAUGUUGUUGAGGAUAGAACGGAAGCGGAUAUGAUCAUUCGAUGUGAGCUUCCUUCAAGUAAUGAAGCCUCGGAGUUUUACAAGGCAGCCGAGGGUAGACCUCACAUGGUCUUAUGCAGCCAUUUCAGGCGCUCCGGCAGCUUCCUUUCGAAGGCCCUCAUUCUCUCGAAAUCCUGCGGUCCUGCUAAGCUUGGUAAGGCAUUGCAGACUCUUCUGGAUCGCGCACAUGGUGAGAGUCAUCAUCCUGGACGACCUCCACUCACGCGUGCUGAAGCAUUGGCAACAGGACGAGAGUGGCAUCCCCAGACUGGAGUAACCCUUCUUGAGGACUUGCAGAGCACUUUGCCGUCGCCGCCAGUAUUACGACCCAGCUCGAUUAGCCCGCUGGCAGAUGUGAAGGAGCUUGGAGAUGCUUUGCCGAACACCGAGACGGCGGCAUCAGUGAAGGAAGACAUACCUAUGGUGCUGGUGGUUGAGGAUAAUCCAGUGAACAUGAUGUUGCUGGCGACCUAUCUUCGCAAACGGAAGUACCCGUUCCUUACUGCAGAGAACGGUGCCUUGGCGGUCGAGUUGGUCAAGCAGAGGAUUGGUGAGACUGGGUGUAGCUUUGACGUUAUUUUGAUGGAUUGUCAGAUGCCGGUGAUGAAUGGAUUUGACUCAACAGCGGGUAUCCGCGAACUCGAGCAGGCUGCCGAGCAGUUGCAGGACAAGGCAUGGGUCGUUGCGUUGACUGGAUUGAACUCUCCUGAUGACAAAAAGAGAGCAUUUGAAUGUGGUAUGGACGAAUUUUUGACGAAGCCCGUGGGUCUGAAGAGGCUCGGGCAGUUGUUUGACGAAUGGAAACAAAGGUCUUCUGCGCCUACCGGGGCAGCGCAAAGUUGA